CAUGACAUUUAAAUUUGUUUUUAAACUUUUAAAUUUUGCUAUUUUUAAGUUUUGUCCAUUUAUUGAAUAAGUUAAACUGACCAUUGAUUGAGACCAAUGGGAAUAGGUCAAAAUUAGCGAUUUAAUCUAAUUGUGAUCAAUCAAAUGAUUGAUGAUGGCAAUUGUUGUGAUUGUAAAGUAUUUGAAAAGAAACAGCUUGAAAUUGAUUCAAUUAUUGAAAGAAAAAUAUUCAAAUCAAUUAAUUGAUUAGUAACUUUAUUCAUGGUAAUUCAUGGUAAUCAUUUCCUUGAUUGUUGGGAAAGUGAUUCCAUCCGAUUGAUAAGUUUAAAUUGGUGCGAUUCGGUUUUAAUUACAAUCAAAAUGAUCUCGAGAAAAUUGAUUCGAUGUUUACAAUUAACUCUCAUUGUCUUUGGUAUUUGUAAUAUUAUCGACUCGAGUUUACGAGUUUACGAAUAUUUGUCUGGACAGUUCAAUCGAACGGCAAUUUAUACAUUUUAUCGAGCAUUUAAUAAACUGCUCCAAGGAUCUAUUUUGAUCUUUGGCCUUCGAUGGGACCAGUUGAUCCGAUGUGUUGACCUAAUUGAGACCAUGAAUUUUGAACAUUUAUUUCCUAACCAAACGAAAACCGGACACUCGAAAAUAAUUAAGUUUAAUCUUCUAAUGGCUUUUCCAGUCCUCGUUUCUUUAAUUGCAACAAUUUGCAUCGAUUUUAAUCCGUUCAGAGAUUCACAAUUCAUAAAAUCGACCUCAUAUAUGAUCAGAUUUUUCCUCCUCCCGGCGAACAUCAUGAAAAUGUUCACAAUCCAAUCGAUUCUCAUUUAUCUCUCAAUUAACCUAGGAAAUUAUUUCGAUAUUAUCAAUCGGAAGAUAAUUGAUUUCAGUCGAAGUGUUAAUCGAGAUAAUUUUCACCUUAAUCAGAUUCGUUGUUUGUACAGUUCAAAUAUACGAGCCACUCAAGCGGCUGAAAAUUUUGCCGUUUACAUUGUGGCCUCCAUUUACUUUGAGUGUAUCUGCCUGAACCCGAUCAUUUUUCACCGUUAUUUCAUUGAUUCAUCUGGUUCACUAAUUAGUAGUAAAUUUUUUUACUACAUGAUUAAAGUUGUAAUAAUGAUCUUAAUGACUUACCUGUUUGUCUCACUUAAUUGUCAAGCAUAUAAAUCACUUGAAGAUUUACAUAAGAUCUCAUUGUGUCGAGAUAUUGAUCAAGAAGAGAUUCAAUCAUUUCUCCUGAGAAUGAGUCAAAAAAAUAUUGGUUUCACUUUCCUUGGGCUAUUUGUUGUUAAUCUUAAUUUUAUCGCCUCACUAUUGACCCUUACGAUGACCAUUGUCCUUUACACUCAAACAAUUAUCAACCUUUGACCUGAUCAAAUGUUAAUUGAUCAACAUUUCCAUUGAUUGUUAACCAUUCAUCUAAAUUCAAUCAUUCAAUCAAUUACCAAUUACAAACGCGUUACUUUUUGUAGCUGAUCAUGUCAAUCAAAUAAUAACAAUUAACUAAUGUUACCAAUUGUUUUCAUCUAUCAUAUUAUAAGUAAUAUCAAUAAUAACUUUCAAUU